CAUGCUGAUUUCAUGCGUUGCACGUGUCGGGAGAACAGUAUUUUUAUUUUAUUUUAUAAUUUUAAAAAAUGUGUGAAAAUAGUGAAAAAACGAUUAUCACCGGUUAUUUGGAUGAGGAUGGGGAGUUGGUUGUACAUCCUGAAAGUAAUAAAGUACUCUACUGGGUAGAGCAAAACGGAUUGGAAAAGUUGAAAUAUUUAGCCGAUGAGGAAUUGGACCAAUUACUUGAUACGACAACGCCGACUGAAGAAGACGUAUCAACAAGAUGUGAAAAUUCAAAUCCAAGCCCGCCGAUCGUGAAGGGAGGAAAGUCAACAGAAAAAUCAACAGCAGGGCUGUCAACCGAAACUGUUCGUAGAGUUUCCGGGUCAUGGGAAGACAAAGAAGCAGAAGUCUUAAUUCAAUGUUAUGUUGAAGUAGAAGAGGCCUCCAAACAUGAAGAAAUUGGAUCUCCUGGGUUUUGGAAAAAAAUUAGCGGUUUAUUGGUUACAAAAAAAUUGAAAAAAACAUGGAUCGAAUGUCGCGAAAAAUUUAAGUCCUUAGAAAGGACUUAUAAAAAUAAUCUACUUAAAAAAACCAUACAGGAGAAAGUCUUAUUACAUGGCCCUUAUUUGAUAUAAUGCACGAUGCAAUGUUCAAAAAGCCGCAAAUUCAACCUGUGGCCAUUGCUUCCAGCAUUGCUGGAUAUAAGAAAAGAAUUUCGGACAAUAUUGAAAAUCAGCAAAAAAAUAGCGAAGAACAAAUCCCCAAAAAAGCUAAAACUAAUAGACAAUCACCAAAGCAGGAACCAGAAUUUAUCAAAGAAGCGAGGGCAGAAACUGCCGCUCGCCAUGAAGAGAGAAAACAACAGCAUCAUGAAAAUCUUCAAAGGAAGGAUGAGAUGAUUGGACUUAUGCGCAAAUAUUUUGAAUUAAAAGAA